CGUUUCGCUACUGGGCCUUUAUUUUUUAUUGCCAACAGUACAGUAAGGUAUAGUUUUCUUAGCGCGUGUAAUGAGAAGCCAUAUUUGCAUACUCUUUUAGUUUUGAACAAAAUAUGGCAUUUCGUGGACGUGGGGGAGGAAGGGGAGGGUUUGCAGGUGGACGCAAAUCCAACGCCGUCACCACAAAGCUUUAUAUUGGGAACAUACCAGAGACAUGUCGAAAAUUGGAUCUGCAGAAAUUAUUUGAAGAACAUGGCAAAGUGGUUGAAUGUGACAUUGUUAAAAACUAUGGUUUUGUUCAUUUUGAAAGCCAAGAAGAAGCACAGGCAGCUGCGGAUGCAUUGAACAAUACAACCUUUCAAGGAAGUGUCCUGCAAGUUGAGCUCUCACAUAGUCGUGUGCGACAAAAGCCAGGCAUGGGUGGGAAACAAGAGUGCUACAGAUGUGGAAAAGAAGGCCAUUGGUCCAAGGACUGUCCAAAAGGACCGAGCCGCCCUCCCGGAUACUAUCAGGAACCAGAUCCCUAUGAAGCCUAUUACCGUGACCGGUAUCCACCACCCCCUCCUGUCGACAGGUACCGCCCCUACCCUGACCCCUAUGACAGAAGGCCCCUGCCCCCACCACCACCCAGGGACCCCUACUACCGGGAGAGAGACCCGUACGCCAGACCUCCACCGGAUUACUACAGCAGAAGCAGAGAUCCUUACUAUGAAAGAACGAGGGAUCCUUACUAUGAUGAUCUGUAUUCACGACAAGGGGAUCCUUACUAUGAUGACCUGUACUCUCGACAAAGCUACAUGCCACCGCCGCCUGGCACGAGUCGAAUGUCACCUCCACGGACCCGCGUAGCACCGUAUUAACAAGAAGCAAGCGCGAAGAUGAUUGACAAAACAUCUCGUGUUAACAAAUCGCUGUCCUCGUGUCAACAAAACGGUGUAUUAUGUAAUCUGGACAUUUGCAAAGCAUCGUGCGGGAAUCCGAAGAACAAAUAUUCGUAUCAUGAAUCGAUAACUUUUUAAUCUUAAUGUCGUGUGAUCAUGUGACUUGUAUGAAACUUUUCUGCAAAGUGCAAAGUAUUUUAAAACUAAAGAAAUAAGAUUUCUGCUCUCAUUUGUUUUUACAUUUGAUAUUGUCAUUUAAUGUUUCUUAUUUUGAACUAAUAUGUUGUAAGAGUCGGUGUUUCUGUAGAAUGUAUGAUCAAUUAAAGAUUGUGUGUACCAUUA